AUGCAGAUCAGAGCUGAGAGACAGACGUCUGUUUUGAAGCGACAUGUGAUGUAGCAUGUCAACUCACCACGCUGACGCACGGCUAAAUAAAUCAACACAUGCAUCCAAAUUAAUAAUAACACACGGACAAAACUGGAGAGAGCGCUACACAGAAAGAAACGAGUCUUGUCAAUCAGACACAGACGACAGCAGUGUCCUAGAGUGAGGCCCAGGCUCCAGCAGGCCUUGGAGAGCACCGGCAUGAUGGAGGGGGGUAUGCAGCUGCUGAACCGGGAUGGCCACAGCAUCUCACACAACUCCAAACGCCACUACCACGACUCCUUCGUGUCCAUGAACCGCAUGCGGCAGCGCGGCCUGCUCUGCGACAUUGUGCUUCAUGUGGCCAACAAGGAGAUCAAGGCACACAAGGUGGUGCUGGCCUCCUGCAGUCCAUACUUCCACGCCAUGUUUACAAAUGAGAUGUCAGAGAGCCGUCAGACCCACGUGACCCUGCAUGACAUUGACCCUCAGGCUCUGGAGCAGCUGGUGCAGUACGCCUACACUGCAGAAAUCGUAGUAGGAGAAGGAAAUGUGCAGACCUUGUUGCCAGCAGCUAGUCUCCUGCAGCUCAACGGAGUGAGAGAUGCCUGCUGUAAAUUCCUCCUCAGCCAGCUGGACCCCUCAAACUGCCUGGGCAUCCGUGGCUUUGCAGACACUCACUCCUGCAGCGACCUUCUCAAGUCAGCCCAUAAGUACGUCCUGCAGCACUUCGUAGAGGUCUCGAAGACUGAGGAGUUUAUGCUGCUACCUCUCAAACAGGUGCUGGAUCUGAUCUCCAGUGAUAACCUGAAUGUCCCAUCAGAGGAGGAGGUGUACAGGGCUGUGCUGAGCUGGGUCAAGCAUGACAUUGAUGGGCGGAGGCAACAUGUGCCCCGGCUGAUGAAGUGUGUACGUCUGCCCCUGCUGACACGAGACUUCCUGAUGAGUAAUGUGGAUACAGAGCUGCUGGUGCGUCACCACUCCGAGUGCAAAGACCUGCUGAUCGAGGCACUGAAGUACCACCUGAUGCCCGAGCAGAGGGGCGUGCUCAGUAACAGCCGCACCCGACCGCGUCGAUGCGAGGGAGCCAGUCCGGUCCUCUUCGCCGUAGGUGGGGGCAGUCUUUUUGCUAUUCAUGGAGACUGUGAGGCCUAUGACACCAGGACCGACCGCUGGCACAUGGUUGCGUCUAUGUCAACACGGCGGGCACGAGUCGGAGUGGCUGCUAUCGGAAACAAGCUCUAUGCUGUGGGCGGGUAUGAUGGCACCUCUGAUUUGGCUACUGUAGAGUCGUAUGACCCAGUAACAAAUGUGUGGCAACCUGAAGUGUCCAUGGGAACAAGGAGGAGCUGUUUAGGUGUGGCGGUCCUGCAUGGGUUGUUGUAUGCAGCUGGAGGAUAUGAUGGUGCUUCCUGUCUCAACAGUGCGGAGAGGUAUGACCCUCUGACCAGUACCUGGACCUCCAUUGCUGCCAUGAGCACCAGAAGGAGAUAUGUUAGAGUGGCCACAUUAGAUGGCAGUUUGUACGCUGUCGGUGGGUACGACAGUUCCUCACACUUAGCCACAGUUGAAAAAUACGACCCUCAGAGUAAUCUCUGGACUGCCAUUGCCAACAUGCUGAGCAGGAGGAGCAGUGCAGGGGUGGCUGUACUGGAGGGCAUGCUUUAUGUUGCAGGGGGCAAUGACGGUACCAGCUGCCUAAAUUCAGUGGAACGGUACAAUCCAAAAACCAACACCUGGGAGGGAGUGGCCCCCAUGAACAUCCGCAGGAGCACCCAUGACCUGGUCGCCAUGGAUGGCUGGUUAUACGCGGUUGGAGGCAAUGAUGGCAGCUCUAGUCUCAAUUCCAUAGAAAAAUACAACCCUCGUAGCAACAAGUGGGUGGCGGCGUCAUGCAUGUUCACGCGCCGUAGCAGCGUCGGAGUCGCUGUCCUGGAGCUCCUCAACUUUCCUCCUCCGUCCUCUCCCACUCUUUCCGUCUCCUCCACAAGUCUUUGACAAAGGGUAAAAACCCGGCUUAGCUCCAGCGGCCUGCCCUGCGUGGCAAAGAGGCGCAACUGCUCGGUUUGAGCACCGGGCGAGGAGUGUUUCGUGGGCAACAGCGGCCUCCCUCUGCCUGGAGGAAUACUGCAGCAUUCCAACAGAUCACAAGGUUAAAAAAGGAUGAAAAGAAAAAUCCCACACUCUCACAACUCUCACCCUAUAAACCCCAGUGCUUGAAAGUGCAAAAUAAUGUUGCUCUGCCAUUUUUCGGUCACUUUGUGUAUGAUGUAUAUCUAAAUGUAUAUUUAAUUUAUGUUUACGAUUCUUUUUUGAAAUAUUAAGAAAUAAUAUAUUAAACAGAAAAAAAAGUAUGAACAACUUUAGGAAUGUAGCUCUUGACAGGUUCUGCCACGCAUGUUUACAGAAAUUUCGUCUUGGCAGAACACAAUAAUGUAGUGCUGCUGUGCCACACUAGGUGGUAGUAAUGUGCAAUGCUGCCCUGUCUCACCACAGAUGCGCAUGGACAUUUACAAGCAGAAAAUUCUCACAAAGCGGGGGCUGGACUCUACACUACAUACAGCUGAGUCUGCUCAGUUAUGUAGUUGAUAACAUAAUAUAUGUUUUAUGUAUUUUCCCAUUUAUUUAUCAAAUGUAAUAUAAACAUAUGACACUAUUUCAGAGAUGUUUGAAGGACCACCUCUGACUUAGGAGGGGAGAUAUAGUUUUAUCGUACUUAUUGCAUAUCAGAGAAGCACUGGUGUUUGGUAUGAAAUGUGAGUGUUAUGGAGAACAGUUAUUUCGUGUUUUAUCCAGCGGACAUGUUCGGUUUGGUUUCUACAGUCAUGCAUUACAAGCUUUUGAGAG